AUGGCGCAAGCAGAACAAGCCCCAGCCAUUCAAUUAAACCCUUUGAAGUAUUUGAAUAAUCUACCAGAGUUCGAUGGUAAACCAGCGGACCUGCAAACGUUUAUUACCUUAGUUGAAAGGGUCAACCCUAUGUUGGAAGCUUUUAAUGAAGGGUCACAACUUCUAUUUAGUGACAUUAUUAAAAGCAAACUAAAAGGCAGAGCCAAAGAAAUAAUUGAAAUAAAUUGUCACGCUACUCAUUGGCGAGAUGUUAAGCAGGUUUUACAAAACAAUUUCGGAGAUCGCUUGAGUAUAGAUGAGCUCAAUGACAAUCUGCGGGGUGUAACAUUUAAAACAAAUACUCUAGAAUUCUAUAAUGAAAUAAAAGCUAAGUUGAGAAGGCUCAACAACAAAACCUCAGUAGUUAUGGGUGCAAGUAACGAAACAAACGAAUGCACUCGAAACAAUAUGAGGACCGCUCUUAACAUUUUCAAAAAUAAAAUCCCAGAACCAAUGAAAACAGUUUUAUUCUGCAGAAAUCCAGAUUCCCUUGAAUCAGCCAUGGAUAUUCUUUUUACAGCGGGAUAUACUCAUUAUAGCUCUAACGACCAAAAUAACCCUGGAAACAGACAGAAAACGACUCACAGACAAAAACACGAAAACAAUAAUAACAACGGUAACAAUGACAAUCGACAGUUCAAUAACAACAAUCGUAGUAAUAACAACAACGGUAAUAAUGACAAUCGACAGUUCAAUAAUAACAAUCGUAGUAACAACAACAACGAUAACAAUGGCAAUCGACAGUUUAAUAAUAACAACCGUAGUUAUAAAAACAGUAACUACAAUAAUGGAAAUCGACAUUUUAAUAAUGGUCAUAGAAAUCAGGAUAAUAGGUCCAGUAACAAUCCAAACUCCCGCCACAAUGAUAACAGUGGAGCAUAUCAAAAUGGUUUUCCAAAUAACCCCAACUUCAACAGCUAUAAUCAUCCUCCCAGUUCAAAUAACACUCGAUAUUUUAACAGGCAACCAACUCCAGAACCUAUGGACAUUAACACAAAUGAGACAUUAGAAAAUUUUCAGUCACAGGCCUCGGAAGAAAUCUACCAUAUAUAA